GAGCUGUUAUAGAGAUCGAUCGUUUUCAGUGACACAUGUUGGUCAGAGACUGUGUUUCUUUAUUUGUCACCUUUGGGAAAAAUCGACCUUCACUGCUCAGAGAUAUCAUGUGUCCGAUUUUCCAUGAACUACCCUGAACUUUCUGACUGAAAACAGAAACGAUCAGUAAACCGUUUCUCUCACUUCCGCUUUGGCUUCGUUUUUCAGACCCGGAGUCGACUUAUGGUCUAUAAUUAUUAUUUGUUAAACUACAGGAUAUUGUCCCACUAAGGUGUUCUCCUCCUGUUUGGGAUGUUACUCACCUCGUCCCAAAUCUCAGUCAUGGUGUCUUCAUCUGAUGAAAACUACCAACCUGCCAUUUAAAAUGACUUCUACAAGAAAACCUGUGACAGCUGCAUCUCUGUUGAUACUUAUGAUCAAAGUCUUCAGUGGAAAUACCCUGACAUGUAAUCCAGCAGAAUAUCAGAUAGAGGACGAAUGCUGUCCUAUGUGUCCUCCUGGAAGUCGUGUUAAAACAGAUUGUACAGAGUUCAGAAGUACUUCCUGUUCGCCCUGCAUGGAUGGAUCCUUCAUGAAUAAACCUACUGAACGCAGAGAAUGUUUCCCCUGCACAAUCUGUGAUGCAGGUUCUGGUCUGAAGAUAAAGACUUCAUGCACAGCAACCUCAGAUACACUUUGUGAACCACUGGAAGGAUUCUACUGUAUAGACUUCACAGAGAACCACUGUGUGGCAGCACAGAAACACAGCAGCUGUCAACCAGGACAAUACAUCAGGGAGAAAGGAACAGUCCUCAGAGACACUGUGUGCUCUGACUGCAGUGGGGGGACAUUUUCAGAUGGGACAUUUCCAUCUUGUCAGCCACACACACAAUGUCAAUCACAAAACCUUCAGCUGAUAAGAGCAGGAACUGCUUCAACUGAUGCUGAAUGUGGACCACACAGUUCACAUGGGGCAGUGAUUCUGAUCAGUGUUGGAGUUUUGCUUUUUAUAUUAAUUUUUAUAAUUUCCUUUGUAGUUUGUGUUUUUUUCUUGAAGAAGGGAAUGUGAACAGGAGGAAACAAAGGAAAUGGAAGCAGACAGACAGAGUUCGGCCUUCUUCAACGUCGCCCCUACAUCCACAGAGGCUCCCGUCGCAAGUUUUUCUAACACUCUGAACAGACCAUAACUACGCCAUCACAACAUCUGACUGCAUCAUCUGAGCACCCGUCACCUGACUCCAAUCAAUAUCCUGGCAGCGCCAACUUCCUCCCAACGACUUCAAAACAAAAAAACAAAAGCUUCUCAAGACAACAUUAUUCAACACCAGGUCUCUUAACAACAAAAGUCUCAUUUCAAACAAAUUCAUCACCGACAAUAACCUGGACUUACUCUGUCUCACAGAAACCUGGCAUAAACCUUUGGAUUACAUUGCACUGAAUCAGACUACACCAACUGGCUAUUCAUACUUGGACAAUCCCUGUGCAGAUGGUCGGGGAGGAGGCCUUGCUGUUAUCCACCGAGACGACCUCACCCUCCGCCCCUAUCCAUCCCUGCUGCUUCAUCAACACCUGGUCUUCAGACUCCGUCAGACGACGUCACCAUGUACAAAGCUGUACUCAAUAACACAAAUUUUAUUCUGACAUCGUCCACUCCAACACCUCAAACCCUCGCACCCUGUUUUCCACUAUCAACAAGCUAACCAAACCAAAGGACAAUAUCACCAUCAUCUUCACUACAGACAAAUGCAAUGACUCCCUGUCCUUCUUUCACUCAAAAAUCAGCUCAAUACACAGGCAACUUUCCUCCGCCCACUCCUUCACAGAACCAGAACUCAACUCAUCCACCAGUUAUAGCCUCUCAUCCUUCUCAACCCUAUCACCAUUCAACGUCUCUAAACCAUCCCAUCAUCUCUCAUUAAAGCCUGUCUCCCCUCUCUCAUCCCACUCAUGACCAGCAUCAUAAACACUUCCCUCACCACUGGUUCUGUCCCACCUUCACUCAAACUUGCUGCAAUCACUCCCAUCCUAAAAAAAACCUGGCCUGAACCCUGACAACCUUGACAACUUCAGACCCAUCUCCAACCUCCCGCUGCUCUCCAAACUACUGGAACGCUCUGUCUUUACACAACUCCAGCAACAUCUCCACUCCUGCCAGAGCUGUGUGUCUGACCCCCUGACGAGCAACACGGGGGCUCCUCAAGGAACUGUGCUGUCUCCCUUUCUAUUCACCACCUACACGGCUGACUUCCAGUACUCUUCUGAGUUAUGUCACCUCCAGAAGUACUCGGAUGACACAGCCAUAGUCGGGUGUGUGGAGAGAGGACAGGAGGAUGAGUACAGGGGCCUUUUGGAGAGUUUUGUCAGGUGGUGUGGGGAGAAUCACCUGCAGCUGAACGUGGCCAAGACAAAGGAGAUGGUGGUGGACUUUAGUAGGAGUCAGUCCCCGCCCUCUCCUGUCUGUAUUAGUGGGAAAGAGGUAGAAAUAGUGACUUCCUAUAAGUUCCUUGGAGUUCACCUGGACAACAAACUGGAGUGGUCCACAAACACUGAUGCUGUCUACAGGAAGGCCAUGAGUAGACUUUAAAAAAGCAGGGUCUGUUGUUGGCUUUAAACUUGCCAACCUGGAGGAGGUGGCGAGGGACAGAAUGCUGUCAAAGCUGAGGACAAUCAUGGACAGUCCCUCCCACCCACUCCAUGAAACUGUGAACAAUCUGGGAAGCAGCUUCAGCAACAGACUUCUGCUACCACGGUGCUCUAAGGAACGGUACAGGAAGUCAUUCCUGCCGUCCGCCAUCAGACACUAUAACACAUCUGUGUCUGUGCUCACAAACCUGGACUAAUGCAUCAUCUAGGGUGCGCUAUAAAUAUCAGUUACAUUAACUGUAUAUAUCUGUUAUAUAUAUAUUGUAUAUAUAU